AUGGAUGCUGCCAUCUCAAAUGUCAAUGGUAAGAUAUGGUUUUUUCUGGAUUCAGUUGUGCAGUGGGACUUGUUAAUUGACACGGAACAACAGCUUACUAUCAGAGUCUAUCAUCAAGAUAUUGGUAAAUAUAUCAUGAUGACUUUCGUAUAUGCAAAGUGCUCAUCACUGGAGAGAUUAGAAUUAUGGGACAGUUUAUACUACCUUGCAAGUGACAUAGAACUACCAUGGCUAGUUGGAGGGGAUUUUAAUGUGCUUUUGAAUGAAGAAGAGAAAAUUGGAGGGCUUCCAGUCUAUCCUCCAGAAUAUGAAGACUUUGCCUUCUAUGUAAAUUCAUGUGAACUCUUUGACACUGGUUACAAAGGAAGUCCCUUCACAUGGUGGAAUGGGAGGCCAAAUGCAGAAUGCAUAUUUAAAAAACUGGACAGAAUCUUUGUUAAUUUCCCAUUCCAAUCUCUAUUCCUAACUACAGAGAAAUUAAAAAGAGUUAAGAUUGCUCUUUCAAAAUGGAGUAGGAUCACUUACGGGGACAUCUUCAAGCAACUAGCUUUAAAGGAAUAUGUGGUCAAAAUAAAGGAAAUGCUUUUUGAAGAACCAAAAGUUGAGAAUAUAAUUGUACUUCAGAAGGCACAAUCCGAGUUAAAGAGAUAUCUGAGCAUAGAGGAACAAUAUUGGAAACAAAAAGCAGGUAUGUCCUGGUUUGUAGAAGGAGACAGAAACACUAGAUUCUUUCACAACCAUGUCAAUAGUAAAAGGCAGAAACUCCAAUUGAAGAGGAUCCAGAACCAUGAUGGUAGUUGGAUUGAGUCGCAAGAAUAG